AUGAUGGCACAAGUAACGAAAUCCACGGACAUCAAAGGCCUACACAAAAAUGGCUCACUCAACAAUGAAGAAACCGGCGGAUCGCACUCAGAGGCACCCCUCGAGGUCCACGCAGACGAAGACAUCGUAGCGCGGAUGAACAACCUUGAUCCGCCUGUGACGCCAGAGGAGGAGAGACGCGUACGGAGAAAGAUUGAUAUGCGACUGCCCCCCUUCCUGCUCAUUCUCUACAUGUUCACCUGGCUGGACCGUGGGGCGCUGGGGAACGCGGCGCUGAUGGGGAUCAAGGAAGAUCUUGGGUUCACGAGCAGAGACUUCUCUCUCGCCGUGAGCAUGUUCUUUGUCGGCACGGCGAUUUCUGACCUGUUUACGAAUAUUGGGAUGAGGUAUAUCCGGCCUUCGGUGUACCUUGCUACGGCUAUGAUCAUCUGGGGCAUCUUUGCGACGCUGCAAGCUGUUGCCGGCGGUCCCAGCGGGAUGUUCGCGAUCCGGUUCUUCCUUGGCAUCUUUGAAGCGGCCUUCAUCUCCGGGGCACCGUAUCUGACGACUGUUCUCUACCCUAGAGCUGAAUGGGGCCGUCGCAUAAGCGUCUACCUCUCAGCAACCCCCCUCGCAGGCGCCUUCGGCGGCUGGGUAGCCUACGGCGUCUCCAACAUCUCCAACCCGCUCAUAAAGCACUGGCAAGCCCUCUUCGUCAUCGAGGGGCUCGUCACCAUCCUCUUCGGCGUAGCCUGCAUCUGGGUCCUGCCCGACCGCCCACACAACACGCACUGGCUCACCCCGCGCGAGCGCGACGUCGCCACCUGGCGGAUGAUGCGUGACGGUAACCGCACGCACGGCAAAGUCCACUGGCGCACGACGGCGGCGCAACUGACGGGGGACUGGCGGCUGUGGCUGAACAUUGCGAUUUAUAUGGGCCAGGUGCUGCAGACGUACACGAUUGCGACGUUUACGCCGAUUAUUGUGGCAACGUUUGGAUAUGAUAAUAUCAAGGCGCAGUUGAUGACGGCGCCGCCGUAUUGUGUUGCAUUUGUCAUGGUGUUUGUUGUCGGGUGGGCGAGUGAUCGGGGGAUCGCGACGGGGUUGUUUCAGUCUUUUGGGAGUACAAUGGGCAUUGCGACGGGGUAUCUCUUCCCUUCGACAGAUGGGCCGAGCUACAAGAAGGGGUUCUGGACGUUGUUUGCGGCUACGUGUUGGACUGGUGUUGGGGCCGCGUUUGUGACGGUGAUGAACAUCAGGGAAAAUAGGAGGCGAGAUCGGCAGUCUGGGAAACCGCCUCGAGAUAUGGUGAUCGACUAUGACGAGGAUGUGGUGUUCCAGCCGCCCGUGACAGCCGUUGGCGGUGCAGUCUCUCUAUAUCGGUGCCAAAGAGACGAAGGAGCGUCAAGUCGGCCCUGGGAUGAGGAUGGGCUGGCCUUCACGGCGUCGGAGAUGGCGUUCCUGCAAGCCGCCGCGGAGCAAAUCGGACUGCAAGUAACGGACGAUUGGCUGCAGCCGGGCAUCCAGCGGACUCGUGUUUUGGUGAUGAUGGUACUUUUACAGGUGCGCAACAUCAAGACCUUGGAGCUAUCCAUCCAUAUCAAAGGAUUCUUAAUAUGUCUCCCCACUGGCGUCGCAUUUCCAGCACGCUACGAUGCGCUUACGGACAUUCGGCUCGGCAAGCACACACUUGGAACGACUAAUACUACGGGUGAAAAUGACCCGUACUCCGGCAGCAGCGACGCGAGACGUCUGCUAGAAUCAGCACCGCGGCGCGAGACAGUCCAUCUUGAUUUCUUCGCAGGCAACUAUCGAGAUUGGUCCGCCAUGGAUUGGUCCAGCGUCAGGAACCUGCACUUGCGGCAACUAGAGAGCGAUGACGUCCAUGUGACGGAUUUGUCGACGUUUUCCCAUAUUGUGCAUGCCUGUCGAGGCCUACAAAAGUUGUCGAUUGCCUCGCUAACGCCGACUGGGACGAAGCAGAACGUGAAGAGCUCUUGCGACACAUAA